AUGGAUUAUCUCUUCAACAUCUCGGACAGUAGUGCGAAGGCAGUCAGAGCCCUCUCCCACAGACUGUGGCCUGCAGGCGGGCCUGUCCUGGAGACUCUCCCGCCUGCGCCUCACCACAGCCGGGCAGAGCAGCGCCUGAGCCCCGAGCUCAACCAACGAGAUACCGGCCAGAAGAAGACCCCUGAGAAGAAGGAUGGGAGGCGCAUGUCGUUCCAGAGACCCAAAGGCACCAUUGAGUAUUCUGUGGAAUCGCGGGACACUUUGAACAGCAUUGCACUCAAGUUUGACACCACGCCCAACGAGCUGGUUCAGCUCAACAAGCUUUUCUCCAGAGCGGUCGUGCCGGGCCAGGUCCUGUACGUUCCUGAUCCUGAGCACGUCUCCAGUGUUGAAAGCUCUCCCUCCCUCAGCCCCAUCAGCCCUCUCUCCCCCACUUCUUCCGAAGCCGAUUUAGACAAAGUAACGGACUCUGAUGGCCCUCCUAGACCAGAAGGGGUCCAGCCGCCCGUGUUCUCUGCGCUGCGUCAGUCCAGAGGGGUCUCUUCCACCUCCGAAGAGGAAGAGGCUCUCACAGAGAAGUUUCUCAAAAUCAACUGCAAGUACAUCACAGAUGGAAAAGGCGCAGUGAGCGGGGUGUUGUUGGUAACGCCAAACAACAUCAUGUUUGAUCCGCACCGGAUGGACCCCCUAGUGCAGGCCCAUGGGUGUGAGGAGUACGGCAUCAUGUGUCCACUGGAAGAGGUGCAGUCGGCCGCCAUCUUUAAAGAGAUCACUGAUCCCAAGAUCAGAGAGACCGUGCCUGAUGACCUGGAGCCUCUGCCCUCUGAGAGACACCCAUCGCAACAGAAGGAACCAGAGUCGCGCCUCAGGGAGUCUGGGGCCAAUGACGGCAGCGGCAGCACGGCCCCACGCAGCACGGAGGGAUCCAUCUCUGAGGACGUCUUCACCGAGUCCGAGCUGUCCCCAAUCCGCGAAGAAGAGCAGGCCUCCAACGAAGACCUGCACAUGAACAAGUCCUCUGGAGCGUCCACGGAAUCUGUGCAGACUGUGACCCAGGUGGAGACCCAGAGAGCGGAAACGCCUAAAGCAAAAGCAGACUCUCAGGUUGAUCCCGGUGACCAACCUGUCUGUCAGAUGACGGAAGACGCUGCACCCCCAGUUGUGACAAGCCCAGCCCCUGCAGAGGACAAUCCACCAGACACUGCCACUGAAAACCAGUCAGCCAUGGGAUCCAAGCAGCACAGUGUAGAACAGGCACCAAGCACACCUACUACCACCACCACCAGCACUACUGCCAAUAGCCAAGAGCAGGAUCCCAGCAGCAGCCACUCGCGCCCAGGGUCUCAGAGCUCCGAGCCUUCCCCGACGUGUGCUUCAGGAAGCUCCACAAACACUGCUGUUCCAUCUAGUCCAAAGGAGGAGGCCAACAACGGGACAGAAGCAUCCAAAACGGACACUAUGCAACAGGUCAAAGAGAGGAAGGAGAGUGAAGAAACGCAAAAAGAUGGGUCGCAGGAUUCAGCAGAAGGCUCAGGGUCGGCGGAGAGGAGGAAGCAGCGCUCUCACAAGUUCCUGAGUCUGCGAGUGGGGAAGCCCAUGAAGAAGACGUUUGUGUCCAACGCCAGCGCCUCCAUGCAGCAGUAUGCGCAGCUGGGGAAGAAGCACGAGUACUGGUUCGCUGUCCCCCAAGAGAGGUCAGACCACCUGUACGUCUUCUUCAUGCAGUGGAGUCCAGACAUGUAUGGGGAGGGGGUAGUGUCUCUGACGGAGUACCACCGUCGAAUUGAUGCACUAAACAGUGAAGAUCUGCGCUCACUCUGCAAGCGACUCCAGAUCACCACCAAGGAAGAGGUCAACUCCAAACAUGGCACGUCCAUCAAGGCCGAGCUGGAACCGGAAACCUUCAAACCCAAUCUCAAGGAGCCCAGCGACCUCCUGGAGGCCGACCAGAUCGAGAAGGGUUGGUUGUAUUUAGUGGUAGGCUCAGGGUCGGCGGAGAGGAGGAAGCAGCGCUCUCACAAGUUCCUGAGUCUGCGAGUGGGGAAGCCCAUGAAGAAGACGUUUGUGUCCAACGCCAGCGCCUCCAUGCAGCAGUAUGCGCAGCUGGGGAAGAAGCACGAGUACUGGUUCGCUGUCCCCCAAGAGAGGUCAGACCACCUGUACGUCUUCUUCAUGCAGUGGAGUCCAGACAUGUAUGGGGAGGGGGUUCGUGGAAUGGGACAAGAGCCUGGGUUUAUGGUCAUUAAGAAAAACGAGGCUUCACAAAAUUCUGAAGACGACCCCAUCACAGACCUCAAUGUGAAAGAGUGGGAGGUAGUGUCUCUGACGGAGUACCACCGUCGAAUUGAUGCACUAAACAGUGAAGAUCUGCGCUCACUCUGCAAGCGACUCCAGAUCACCACCAAGGAAGAGGUCAACUCCAAACAUGGCACGUCCAUCAAGGCCGAGCUGGAACCGGAAACCUUCAAACCCAAUCUCAAGGAGCCCAGCGACCUCCUGGAGGCCGACCAGAUCGAGAAGCUGGCCAAGAAUCUCCCGCCCCGGACCGUUGGCUACCCGUGGACGCUGGUCUUUGGCACGGCGAAACAUGGCAUGAGCAUCAAGACCCUGUACCGAGCCAUGCAGUCCCAGGACACGCCGGUGCUGCUGGUGAUCAAAGACAGCGACGGCCAAGUCUUUGGUGCCUUGGCGUCUGAACCCUUUAAAGUCAGCGACGGCUUUUACGGCACAGGAGAAACCUUCCUGUUCACUUUCAACCCAGAGUUUGAGGUGUACAAAUGGACAGGCGACAAUAUGUUCUUCAUGAAGGGGGACAUGGACUCUUUAGCCUUUGGAGGUGGAAGCGGCGAGUUUGGCUUGUGGUUGGAUGGCGACCUUUACCACGGCAGGAGUCACUCUUGUAAAACAUUUGGGAACCCCAUGCUCUCGAAGAAGGAGGAUUUCUAUGUGCAGGAAAUAGAGAUCUGGGCAUUUGAAUAA